AUGGCUGUCAACUCAACGCCCACUGAACUGUCGCCUCAGACUGUCCCUCUCGGCACAGGUCUCCCUACGCGGGAGGAGAUGCUUGUGUACUACCCGGCCAAGUUCACCUGGACACAGCUGAAGACCUUUGUCAACUCCGGCGACCUUGGACUGUUGAAGCGGGACAGGACGCUUCAGAAGCGGUACGAGGGGUGGUCGCAGGGGAUCAAGGAGAAGUAUGGGUCCAUCGUGAAUUACCUGCUGAACUACCGCUUGCAGUGGGGCCAGCCAGACACGCUCUCCGUGCUCCGAUCGUCCCUCGAUGAGCGACCCGCCCAGAAAGCCACAAACGGGACCACCCCAUCUCUAGACCCCAAAGCCCCCGGGAAGCUCCCCCCGCUCCCUGCCAACGCCCCACGCUACUUUCGGGCGGACAUACCCCCCGAGCUGCUCAGCAUUGCAAUGAACGACUGGCCCUACUCCGUCCCCCCAGACGUAGAGCACAGCCUCAUCUGGUCGCGCGUGCCCAUCCUCCCGCCAGACCUGCCCGCGCCCUCCGCGUCGCCGAUCUCCGCGCGCCUGCACCAGGACGGGCUGUGGGGCUUCACGGGCACGGACUCGCCCCCGCCCUCCCCGAGCACGCUCCCCGCGUGCCUGCCCGCGCUCGCGGACUGGGGCGUCACGAUGGACAAGCUCGUGCGCUCGCCGCGCGGGACGGAGGAGGAGGAGCGCGCGGUGAAGAGGUACGGGGAGGAGAUCGAGACGUUUGUGAAGCGCCGUUGGAACGAGCGCGAGUGGGAGACUGCGUGGUUCGUGAACCCGCCGCGGCUGCAAAGCGUCCCGGACUUGACGCACAUUCACGUCUUUGCGCGGCGCAAGAGCCCUGAGCAAAUCGCUAAAGCUGAUAUCGACGCUCAGCACGAGUGA